AUGCUGUUUUUCCUAUGGUUUUGUAUCACAGCAGCUUGGGCUUCGCUAGACUUCGCCGAAUGGAAUGAUGUAAGACAGUUUGAGCGUCCAGACGGAUUUUCGUCGCCACUUUUUCAAGAGCGAUCGUUUUUCAACUCUGGCAUGAUUGAAGAAUGGACGCCUGUGCGAUCGACUAUUGCACCCGGCAAUCGCCAAUAUUUCACUUUUCCGGUCAAUUCCAGCUAUUCACGUAUCAUGUCAAGUGUCGAUAUGCUUGUCUUUCUAAGUGGUAAUGUGAACACCCAAGCACCCGAGCUUUUCCACUCGCAUUCUGACCUCGCACUUGCCGUUUACUACACGUUCGAUGAGACGGUUCUUUCUAACAUCACAGAAACGGGGAACCUAGCGCUUUUUCAGGCCGGAUAUUUUGAAGCACUGGCACUGCGGCCCUUAAACCAAGAUGAUAACUCCACUGAAUAUUCCAAUCUUUUCCUGGUCGUUGACAUCUACAACACUUCGUCCAAAUCGGUGGUGGUACCGUCGCAAGUCACUGAGCCGCUUUUUUGGAAUUACACGCUAAGCAUUUCGCAGUAUGAUUUGGUUUUCCAAUGGGACAAUCGUGCUUGGAUAGAAUUGGUCGAUUCUGAUUAUGACUCAGCUCUACUGGUUACAGGAAAUGUCACACAAAGCGGUGCCACAAACUCCAAUUACUCCAUAUAUGAUACCGCCUUGUACGACCUAUACCUCUACUCAUAUGACGACAUUGAUUACUUUGAUAAUUCCUUAACACAUUCACUCGGUGCCGUGCGUAACGGUCCUUACUUGGCAUCCUCUGCAAUGAACGCGAGCUCAACGUAUGGAUAUGAGGCUAACAACUCAACGGGACUGGCAAUUCAAAAGUCCAUCACUGUUAGAGAGGGAUCUGUGAAAGAGCAGUUUCACAUAACGGGCUUGAACGCUUCAACAACCUAUGUUGUGUAUCUUACCAAGAAGAUCUCGGAUAACCAAAACGUUUUAAGUUCAGAUGGUGGUGUUUUGUUUUCAAAAUCUACGUUCAACACGCUAAGCGACAAUUCCUGUUCCCUCAUUUUUGGUUUAGAUUUCUGUGAUGGAGUUGCGUAUUCAGUACCAACAUCGAGUCUUGCCAAAGACAACAAAACGGCUAACGCGAUCAUGUACGAUGACAUUGCGAAGUCUUUGUACGCGAAUUUCAGUAAAGCAUUACAGAUCAUACCUUGUGACACGGAGGAUGAUGCUAGAUUCUCUCCGCUCAGGUCUUGUGAUGAUUGCGCUGAUGCCUAUAGAAACUGGCUCUGCGCUGUAAGCAUACCGCGUUGCACGACAUUGCAAUCCAAAUACUUCAUUCACAGAAAGAAGGACGACAAUAGAAAUGAUUACUUGAAUCAACAAAUUCAACCAUUGAAUGACUACUUUGAAGUCCUACCUUGCGUUGAUAUGUGCUAUAGCCUAGUUACAGAUUGUCCUCCCGAUUUUCAAUUUUCAUGUCCCAGCAAGACAUCCCAUUCGGAAUUAUUCUACCUCAGUUACAAUGUUUUUCAAAAUGGCGAACCGUUCGAUACGUGCAACUAUGUGGGGUCCUCCAAGAAUCUACACAUCAUUGGGGCCUAG